AUGGAGUCCCCGCCCCACGGGAGGCGGGCCGGUGCCGGGACGGGACGGGGUGGCGCCGAGGCGCGGCGGAACGGAGCGGAGCGGGGCCGCUGGUGGGCAAUGGGCGGCGGGCGAUGGUCGUUGCUCUCAGCGCUGCUGGUGGUCCUGCGCCCGCCCCACGGAGCGGCCGACAAUGCUGAUCGAAAUCGAGGUCUCAGGAUGCACUUUUUGGCAGAGACCCACCGCCCCGAGCGAAGCGUGGGCAGCCUUGGUCACUGGCCUCACCAGAGGACAGAGCAGUCCUGGGAGGAGCCCUCAGCCAGCUCUCUGCGACAGAUGAAGUUUAACCCCACGGUGCACCACAUUGUGAUUAAUGAGCACAAGGAUGUCACAUUUAAUUGCUCAAUCAAAGUACCUCAGCUCCUGCUCAGGCCAGAUGCCCCAGGCAUUUCCUUGUGGAAGGAUGGGAGGGAGCUGCAUGUGCUGGACCGCAUUGCCACCAGCCAUUUUGAGAUCUCUGACGAGGAGGAAGUGGCAAUGACCUCUACCUUCAGCAUCCUUGCUGCCCAGCGCUCAGAUAACGGCUCCUACGUCUGCAAACUCAACAUCUCGGGCGUGGAGGUUGUGUCAGAUCCAAUCUUAGUGCAGCUGGAAGGGCUCCCACACUUCAUUCGUCAGCCUGAGAAGCUGAAUGUCACCAAGAACAGUCCCUUCAACCUCACAUGUCAAGCUGUGGGCCCACCAGAACCUGUGGAGAUCUACUGGUUUCGCAACAACAUCCGACUCAAUGAGAAGCCCCACAACUCCCCAUCAGUACUGGCUGUGCCAGGUCUCAAUGAAACAGCGUUGUUCAGCUGCGAAGCUCACAACAGCAAAGGGCUGACUGCAUCCAACCCAGGGCAGGUCAAUGUGAAAGGAAUACCUUCUGCACCUGCCAGCCUGCAUGUCCUCAACCAAACAGCCCAUGGUAUUGUGAUAUCCUGGGUGCCGGGCUUUGAUGCAUUCUCUGCCCUGAACAGCUGCAAUGUCCAGGUCAAGGAAGCUGUUCCACGAAGCAAUGUCUCACUUUUUCUCUUCAACACCUUGGUGCCUCCCCAUGUGUAUCACAUCCAGCAGCUGGAGCCCAUGGCGGAUUACAAAAUCCGUGUUUCCUGUGGGAAUGAAGUCGGCUGGUCAACAUUUAGCCCCUGGAUACCUGCCAGCACCACUGAGGAAGCUCCUGCCACCCCGCCGCUGAAUGUCACGGUGUCAUUCAAUGAAUCCGUCUCUUCCCUGGAGGUGCGAUGGGUGAAGCCACCCCUGGGUAGGAUACACGGGGAACUGCAGGGCUAUCACAUCUGGUACAAGUGGCAGAACUCCAAGGGGUUGCAGAACGUCUCCACUGAAGCCCAGCAGAACACCAGCUUUGCAAUCCUGCCUGUGGUGGCCACCAAUGCCACCUACUCCAUACGUGUGGCCGCUGUCACCAAAGGUGGAGCAGGACCUUUCAGCAGUCCAGUGGAGAUCUUCAUCCCUGGCCAUGGAUUAAUAACCUCAACCCACUCUUCAACUCCAGCCUCAGGAAACACAGACUCCUUUACCAUAGCCCUGGGCUUCAUCUGUGGGACGAUUGCGGUGGGACUGCUCCUCUGCUUGUCUGUGGUCAUCCAGAAACGGUGCAUGGAAACAAAAUAUGGGAAUGCUUUCAACGGGAACGACUCAGAGCUGGCAGUGAACUACACAGCCAAGAAGUCCUACUGCCGGAGAGCCGUGGAACUUACCCUGGGCAGCCUAGGUGUCAGCAGUGAGCUCCAGCAGAAGCUGCAGGAUGUUGUUGUGGACAGAAAUGCCCUCAGCCUGGGGAAGGUCCUGGGAGAGGGGGAGUUUGGAUCAGUGAUGGAGGGACGUCUCACUCAGCCUGAAGGCACCCCACAGAAGGUGGCUGUGAAGACCAUGAAGUUGGAUAACUUUUCCCAAAGGGAGAUAGAAGAGUUCCUCAGUGAAGCAGCAUGCAUGAAGGACUUUGACCAUCCCAAUGUUAUCAAGCUCCUAGGUGUGUGCAUUGAGCUGAGCUCCCAGCAGGUCCCCAAGCCCAUGGUGAUUCUCCCGUUCAUGAAAUACGGUGACCUGCACAGCUUCCUGCUUCGCUCACGGCUGGAGAUGGCCCCCCAGUUUGUGCCUCUGCAGACGUUGGUGAAGUUCAUGGUUGAUAUUGCCCUGGGGAUGGAGUAUCUGAGCUGUCGGCACUUUCUCCACAGGGAUUUGGCAGCUAGAAACUGCAUGUUGCGGGACGACAUGACGGUGUGUGUGGCAGACUUUGGAUUGUCAAAGAAGAUUUACAGUGGUGAUUAUUACCGUCAGGGCCGCAUAGCCAAAAUGCCAGUGAAGUGGAUUGCCAUUGAGUCCCUGGCUGACCGUGUCUACACUACCAAGAGUGAUGUGUGGGCAUUUGGCAUUACCAUGUGGGAGAUAGCAACCCGAGGGAUGACGCCCUAUCCAGGGGUGCAGAACCAUGAGAUCUACGAGUACCUCUUCCAUGGGCAGCGCCUGAAAAAGCCUGAGGACUGCUUGGAUGAACUGUAUGAAAUAAUGUCUGCAUGCUGGAGAGCUGACCCUGCCGCUCGACCUACAUUCUCGCAGCUGAAGGUCCAUCUGGAGAAGCUGCUGGAAAACUUGGCCACCAUCAGGAGAUCUGGAGACGUCAUCUAUGUCAACACCAGCCUGCCUGAAGAGAGCCCAGACUCCACCCAGGAUUCAGGCUUCCCCCAAGCGGACUCUGAUUUGGACCCUGGGGACAUUGCUGAGCCCUGCUCCCCCAGAGCAGAAUCGGCGCUGGUGGCUGUGGAUGUCCACCAUAACGAUCCAUGGGGGACAAGGUAUGUCCUGGAGGAGCAGGUCAGUGGCCUCACAGAGGAGGAGGCCUAUGUCCCACUACUGCCAGCCAGUGAGGAGAGCUCAUCAUGGACCCAGGCCAGCACCUUGCCUGCUGGCAGCUCGCUUGCAUCAGAGCUGCCAUGUAGCAAUGACAUCAUGGAGGACUUGGAAGUGCUGCUGUAAAGGGGGGUGUAAAAAAGGACA